AUGAACUGCGGUAAGCUCUCAACUGCAGCAGUACGAGUCACGAUGAGCGAAUUCCAGUACGGGCUCAAGGACAAGUUCCUCACCAAGGAGGAACUCUACGAAUUUCGUUUCCUCACAACUGUACUGGCCUGGACGAAUCCUCUCAAGAAGAAGGCCACGGUCAGUACGAAUACUACCGAUUCCGGGCAUUCAAACAACAAGCUAUACCCGUUCGCAGAGAAGCUUACCAACUUGUUAGUCCGUGAUGUAGAAGUUGUCGCCGUGACAGCAUCAGACGCAGGAGAGAUUCUGUUCCAAACAGUGUGCGAUGACAGCGGCGUAUUGCUCACAGAAGAUGAUACUGCCUCUGAAGCGGAAGAAGAGAGCGAGCCUGUUGGGUAUGUGCAGAGCCUCUGCAAUGAACAGCGAAGCAAGACGUUGGACGAGAAAGAGCAUCACCCUGCCCUACAAGUCCAUAUUCCAUUGACUACUGCCGAUGGUAUGGGAGACUCAAUUGGCUGUUGGUUGCUUUCCAAGACAGAGAGACAUCUGGAAGGAGUGACGUAUCCCCGGACAACUGUCAGUUUCUCUCAGCAUGCAGCCAAUCUCGUGCACUUGAUCAAGGCGACCUACGAACAAACAUCAAAGGGUACAACUGCAUUGGCCAGAGACCAGUUACGUAACUACGUGCUCUUGACCUCGACCGCCAAGAUAGCUUCGCGCAUCCAGAAAGGCAGCAAAGACCGCAACUUUUACGACUAUCUAAGCAAGCCUGGCGGUGACCUUGACGACUUCAUGCUGCAGGAAGGUUACCACUUCAGGUCAUUGCUUCUGGGUGACGCCCGCGAUGUUCUCUACUCAAACUUUACCGAAAUCCAGCGGAAAAUGAUCGUUGCAACGAUCAAGUUUCUGGAACGUCGGUCAUCAGCCAAUGCAGACAAACUGCCCUGCCGUACUCAAGAGGCACUGGAAAAUACCCGAAAAAUCAUCAAACCACUCACCCAGUUCAAGGACCUCCUGAACACCGGCGAAUCGACUGUCUACAACCAACAUACUGCUAGUCUUUUGCAGGACAUUCUUAGUGCAGUGCUCGACAACCUAGUUGCCUGCUUCGAGUGGCUCGCAGCUGCAGUGCGAAAUUCACAAUUGUUCAAGAUCAGCAAUUACGACGCACUUCCAGGAAGUCCCGCAAGCGACGAAAUUGCACUCGCAGGUCACUAUCUCGAUCAUUUUUCGAAACAAGCAGGUUUCUGGCUUGAUGUUUUGACACAGUUCAAGAAGUCGCUCCGCAAGUACUUGUAUACAAACCUAGGGCUUUUGAGAAAGGUUCAUAUGAUAAAGAAUGCAAUGAAGACCGGCGACAUUGCUCAAGAUACCAAAGGCCUCCCUGGAUCCUCGACCCCACUUAAAAAGCAACAAACGAUCGACCCCGAGUUCGAGCAGCUCGACUCUCUUGCCGAGAGACAGCAGUGGGAGCACGCAGCAAUGGCAUGGCUGGAUCUGAUAUGUUUACACUGGACAGCGAUCCUGGAUCUCCGGAGUGAAGGCAGACAGGCACCCCGCAACAAAGUUCUCAGAACUUACUGGCAGCAAGCGAAGUUCCAACACUUUGAAACUCGUCAAGAGCACCAGGACAGGAGAUUGAUCAUAAAGAGUUUUCUGGAGAACUUCACAUUGCCAUCUGGAGAGAAGCUUACAACGGACGAAUGCCAAAAGAUCAGAACAUGGCUGCUAAGAAAUGGCGAUGGCUACUCCGCAAAGUUUGAAAACGAACAAGCAGAAGCUACAAACUUCACUGGUACCUACCACUGCGAAACAGUCCUACUGAGUCUUGCCUUACUAGCCAAGAAGCAGGCUGAUAUCCUAGACGUCGAUAUCAAUUCCGCGUCUGCACCACUAAGCAAGGCUCACCUGCAGCUCCCUGGUAAAACAACUACGGAUGCACUAAAGGGCAUCGGUCAAGCCAUUGCGCACCACCUCCUCUCGCGAAACCACAAAGUCGUCCUCGUCUCGCGUACUGAAUCGGCUCUGUCUGCCCUUCAAUCCCAAUAUGGAAACGAGAGAGUAGCUGUACUCGCUGGCGAUAUGGCGGAUGCUUCGCUCCCGCAGAAAGCUGUUGAUCUGGCAAAUGAGCGGUGGGGACGCAUUGAUUCGCUGAUUGUGAAUCACGGGACGCUGGAUCCGGUGAAGAAGGUGGGAGAUAGUAGUGCGGAGGAGUGGAGGAGGGGGUUUGAUGUUAAUGUUUUUAGUGCGGUUGGCAUGGUACAAGCCGCUCUGCCCUCUCUGCGCAAAACCUCCGGCACUAUCCUCCUAACCUCCUCCGGUGCCGCAACCUCCGCCUACCAAGGCUGGGGCUGCUACGGCGCGGGAAAAGCUGUGCUGAAUCAUCUCGCUCUCACGCUAUCUGUAGAAGAGCCUUCCAUUACUACCAUUUCGAUCCGCCCUGGUGUCGUAGACACGGAGAUGCAGCGUGAGAUCCGUGAAGUGCACCACGAGCGUAUGAGCGAGAAAGACAGGACUAAAUUCAGUGGUCUGAAGAAAGAAGGUGGACUGUUGAAGCCAGAGCAGCCAGGGUAUGUUAUGGCGAGGUUGGCUGUGGCGAAGGGGGAGGAUGUAAAGGGCUUUAAUGGACAGUUUUUGAGCUGGAACGAUGAGAGUUUGGGGGCUUUUCAGCGGGAUUAG